AUGUUGAAAGACUCCACCGACUUUGCGCAGGCGCAUCUUACCCUACAGGAUACACUAGAAGCCGUAAUGUACAGGUACAAUGCAGGCACACCGUGCCCUGCGCCGUCGAACGCCUCCUACCAAAGCAGUCGUUAUUAUGAUUAUGGUCACCCUUCGUCUGUUUACGCGCCCAGCUACGUAGAGGACGGCACAACAGCAAAGAUCGAAUACACGACCGAACUACAAGCGAAACCGCGCAAUGUCAAGCCACGGCGACCAGUACGCGCAGCGCGCCCAACCGCAUUCAAUCUUGGCCUGGACAUCUUCGAAGAUGUCGCGCACGAAGAAGAGCAGCAACAACACCACACGGCGGCUGACACAAGAAGGAGUCGCGCGACAGUCAUGCCCGAGGGCGCCAGAGUGAAGAAGAGCAGCUUGCUUGCGCAGCCUGCACAAAAGAUUCCGAGGACAGCGCCAUCAGUGCAAGAGCCGCAAGUGCUGAGGUCACAGCGAAAACGCGUCUCUCAGGUCUUGAUGGACAGACAGUCGCCAAACGUCAAUGCCACACUACAGCUGCGGGAAGACGUGUUGGAAAAGAAGGAACUAAGGAGGCCAAGACCUAAAAAGGACCCACGGCGGAGGACCAUAUACGUCCCUUCCGACGACACAACCUACCUGACAGUUCACCCCGGACAGUCGACACACCAACCGCGCAACGCUCGAGAGACGUCACCGGAUAUUGGGCUGGACCUGGUCACGGUGUCAGAUGAAGACAACACCAGUCUAGUCUCGGUGCUCAAGAAGGAGAAGAAGACAUCACGGAAGUCGCUGGCUGCACCGCCCAAGCGAGGCCCCUUGAGCACAAGUUCGCGGUCGCUGCAGAGUGUCUCUUUUUCGAGUGACAUCGCAGGCUCUGGAGAUGGCAAGGAAAACGUGCCGCCCGGUGUGGCUACUAUCGAGAAGAACAGCGCAGGGACACACAUCGAGAUCAACUUCCCUAAAGCCUUGACCAAACUUACGUCCGUGAUUGAAGCACCGAAAGCCCGGAUGAAGUCUUCAAAAUCUUCUGAUGUCGCCUCCUCAGCAAGAUCAGAGGUCAAGUCUCGUGCAAAGUCAGACAUACGAACAAGACCAGAAGGCCCACAUAAACGGUUGCGUGAGCAAGUCAGCUAUGAACGUAUUCCAGCCAAGUCAAUCAAGGCCAGGGCGGAUGGCACAGCAUCCACGGCCAGUAGCCUCGCCGCGCACAAAGCAGCUCUCAAAGAACACAACGCAGCUAUCAAGAACGCAAAGCCCAAGAUUUCAAGAAUGCGACCGGUUCAACAAGCCUCUUCCUCGCCAUUCCGCACCGACAAAACACCGCCUGCCGCACUGCGCCGCCAGAGGCCAGAACGAGUGUCUGGAAACAUACAGAUGAUGCACGUUGUUGGGAAGCCGCAGCAGCAAUCGCGGGAGAAAUAUCCUGUGCUUGAGGAGGAUAUCGCGCGGCCAGAAAUGUAUGAGGAAAAAUGGCUAACCUAUCAAGAGGUGGCCAUCACACAGCUCUUAAACUCCAUGUUCGAGUCAGCCGAGACUAGUCCUAAGGACGAGCAGGGUCCGGAAGAGCUGAGAAAGAAGCUGCUCGGACUGUACCAUGAGCCUACGAUGCCUCCCCUACACAAGCGUCUGCAAGCAUCUUUACAGUUUGGUGCAUUGAGUAUACCCAAGGAUCUACUCGCUCAAACCCUGAGACUGAAAGACGAUGUUGGGAUGAGGAAGAAGUUCCUGACUCUCUGGGCCAAGACUUACGACCUCAACGCACUGCGAGCGGCAGUUGAAACCAUCGUGGGACGCCAGAUCACAACUCCAUCACGACUGUCAACGGGCUCAACAUCUUCUGACGAAGGCUCGCGCGUGUUCCGUGCUGAGCGACGAGCAAUCGAACAUUUUCUGGACGUGUUUCUGAUCAAGAACGAAGACGCCGUUCGUGUCAAGCCUGGAGGUGGGAGUAUCGCCAGCAUCACUCGUGGUGAAGAUGAUUUCGGGUCCCAGGGCUGGUCGUGGAGACGCACUGCUUUACGCAGCCUGAUGCUGUUGCUGUUGCUCGACCAGGCAAAGUCUGCAGAUAUCCUACCUGGCUGUCUCUUCCAGCCAACAUCACCCUACAAGACAUCAGUCGACGUGCUGCACCAGCUCUCGACUAUGCUGAUCCCAUCCCACGGCGACAUCACACGACCACUGGGCCACCUCGGCUACAAGGUCGAACACGUCCAGUACCCGCUGCAGGAGUACACUUACCACAUCGACAACAUUGCCAUUGAUUUCCGCGACGGCAUUGUCCUUACUCGUCUUGUGGAACUGCUCUUAUACCCAUCCUCCACGCUCGCCACGCAGCAUGAGGACACUAUCACUAUUGCCAUGCCUACCGGUGAGGUUUUGACGUCAGAAGUCUCGGACAAAGAGAGCUGGGUCCUCUCACAGCAUCUCAAGUACCCAGCCAUAGGCCGCCCCCAGAAGGCAUACAACGUCCAGGUUGCGCUCUCCGCCCUCCAAGGCUUACACGGCAUACCCAGCCAAGCAGCUAACAACAUCUCCGCCUCUGAGAUUGUCGACGGGCACCGCGAGAAGACGCUCAGUCUGCUGUGGUCACUGGUCGGGAAGUGCGGACUGGGAAGCCUGGUCGACUGGUCACACAUCGUCAAGGAAACUGAGCGGUUCAGGGAACAAUGGUACACGCGCCGCAACAAGUUCGAAGAAGACGACCUCGACUCGGACAGUGAUUCUGACGCCCCAGAAUCGGACGGGCUGGACUACCACACAUACCUCCUCCUUAACUGGUCGCGAGCCAUCGCUCGUCUGCACGGCAUCCGCAUUGGAAACUUGACCACCUCUUUCGCGGACCCGAAAGUGUUGGAGUGCAUCGUCGACACGUACCUCCCGACCUCGGUCACCACCCUCGACCAGCAAACCAGUCUAGCAGGGAAAUUGAAAGCAGCCGGCUGUUCCACAUCCUUCACUAGUCUCUUCAUGCCACAGCACGCAUCUGCCCGCUCAAUCCCAAGCCGCGACUUCACGCUCCUCACCCUCGCCUUUCUUGCCAGCAGACUGCUGCCCCUGAGCAUCCAGCACCGCGCUGCUUGCACCAUCCAGGCAGCAUUCCGCCGCCACGCGCUACGCCGGGACGUCAGCAAGCGCAUCCGCGCACUGGUCCUUGCGCACGAGAGCAAAAUUGUCGCCAUGGCGCGACAGAAAUUGGUGGAUGCCGCGACGGUGAUUCAACGACGGUGGAGGGCCGUACUAGACGCCCGCCACGCGCAGCUGGAGAGCGAUGUCUUGGCUUUCCAGGCCCUGGCGCGCGGGUGGGCGAUCCGGCGGUGGGUGCGGCGCAUCACGGCGGGGCGCGUUGGGGGGAAGGAGAAGGUGAGGCGAGUGCGAGGUGGGUGGUGA